AGGUGACCAGCAGCAGUAGAUAACCCCCCCCCCCCCUCCCUCCUCUGUCUGAAGGCUCGUUGAGGACUGUGCGGCUGUUGAAGCGGAUAUUAAAGUGUUGCCACGCUAAGUGGUUCAACUCUUUGAAGUUUACCUUCAUGCUCCAGCUGCUUGUUGGUUUCCCCUCGGCGGGUCCUCAUCGAUGUGGAAAGGACUCGAGCGUUGGUUAACUCUAAAUGUCCCGUAGGUGUGAUGGUGGGCGUGAAUAGUUUUCUGUCUUCAUGAGCUGAUGGCUACCUGUCCAGGGUCGACCUGUCCAGGGUCGACCUGUCCAGGGUCUACCUGUCCAGGGUCGACCUGUCCAGGGUCUACCUGUCCAGGGUCGACCUGUCCAGGGUCUACCUGUCCAGAGUCGACCUGUCCAGGGUCGACCUGUCCAGGGUCUACCUGUCCAGGGUCGAGGGUCGACCUGUCCAGAGUCGACCUGUCGAGGGUCUACCUGUCCAGGGUCUACCUGUCCAGGGUCUACCUGUCCAGGGUCGACCUGUCCAUAGUCGACCUGUCCAGGGUCGACCUGCCUUCGGCUCCAGCGCCCCUGGACCAGGAUACAUUAGUGCAUCUCACGUCUUCUUGUGUUUCAGGUAAAUUUGAGCCUCCACUCUUUCACCCAAAUGUGUAUCCAUCAGGCACAGUGUGCCUAUCCAUUCUGGAGGAGGACAAGGACUGGAGGCCCGCCAUCACCAUAAAGCAGAUCUUAUUAGGUAUCCAGGAACUCCUAAAUGAACCAAAUAUCCAGGAUCCAGCUCAAGCAGAGGCGUACACGAUCUACUGCCAAAACAGAGUAGAAUAUGAAAAAAGAGUUCGAGCACAAGCCAAAAAGUUCUCCCCGUCGUAAGGAGCGCCGUGGCGCCGCCCCCCCCCUUGUGAAUGUCUCCUCUCACAUCAGGACUUAAGGCUUAAAGACUUCUAUUUAAACUCCACACACUCUGUGCCAUCCGACCUUUCAUUUUUUGUUCUUAAUUGCCAGUUGGCGCAUAAAGCUGGGAGGAGCGGUGCGCCGGCACCCCGCUGAUUUCUUUUUAAACUAAUUGUCUUGUGUGGCGCCGGUCGGUGCCGGAGUCAUCGCCUCCAUGCGGGCCGUCAUCGAUGUUCAAGAAGAAAACGUUUGUUUUAUAUCGCUCUUUCACAGGGUUUAUUCCUUUGCCCCGCCCCCCUUUAUUCUCCAUAAAUGUAAUGUAAAUUGAGCUUAUUUCAUUGUCAGUAUUUCAACUGCUGUCUAAUGAGUGGCACUUUUCUACUGUUGUGUCUGUAGUGUCUCGGUGGUCUGAGCCUCUCCCAGGUUUUCUAUCCGCAUGCUGUAACAUACGCUGGCUGUCUUUUGUUAUUCAGUGUUUGCUAUGAAAUAAAUGACUGAGGCAGGUA